GCUAGCAACAUCCAGAGAUGAACACACCUAUUUUUGCGGCCGCGGAUCACGUUGCCAGUAGCAACUGUUGAGCAAACAGAAGUGCGCAGAAGCAACGACUGUGGACACCCGAUCCAGCACGGCCUCACGUCCAUUGUUCACGGCGUUCGACCACGGCUUGGCCGCUGUUGUCAACCUGCCGGAUGUCGUUCACUGCAGCUCGCCGCGACUCAUCAAGAUUGCAUACCCUGUAACAUGUUGGCAGAUACCAGACAUCACUGGGACAGCUGGACGCGCAGGCGCAAGAUCAGAAGUAAUCACUAAACUUGUCGUGUCCUCAGCACCAUUGCGCUGCAGAGGUUUGCCUAAGACACAACUACUUUCUGCCGACAACUUUGAGCCAUCGCGCGAUUAGCGAGCUCCGUCCUUGAAAGAUCUCGCAGAUUCAUACCUGGUCAUCGAGGUCAUCAUGUCAAUCGCAACGCCGCCGAAGGGGUUCAUAGACCUCGCGGCUGCACAUAAGCAGCCUGAGGGCGCCUUUGUCAAUAUCAUCGGAGUAGUGGUCGACUUCAUGGAGCCAAUGACCACGAGGACUGGUCAGAGCAUGCUCACAUUCCGAUUGUUGGACUACAGACUGUCCAUGGCAGCAGAGGGCUCACAAGGUCUGACAUGCCGUUCUUUCAGGGAGGACGCCGAUAGUCUGCCGAAAAUCCGCAGCAUCGGGGAUGUCGUGAUGUUCCGCAACGUGAAAAUGGCGACUUGGGAACAUCAGCGUAUCGCUUUAACGAACUGGUCCACCGCCUGCCUUGUAUUUCCAGAAGCGGCUAUCCCAGAUCCUGCGUUCAACUACGCCUAUACCAAAAGCCUGAUCGAGCGGCUGGGGACGGAGAAAGAUAAAGCGAAAUUUGAUCUACUCGAACAAGAGUACAUCAUGAACAUCAAAGUGGAAAUGAAGGGCAGAGUACAGGCUUUACAUGCCAAAGCAGCAAGCCGUGCCCUUGAAGAGGAAUAUGACUCUGCCGAUCGUCGGCCAGCUAAACGACAAAGGAUAUCUGAAAACUUCAACGCAGCAGUAAGUGGAUUCGGCCCCAAGUUCAGAUUGAUUGAAGAUCUGCGCACUUGGGACUUUGCAGACAUGGUUGGGUUUGUGGUAAAGUGUUUUCCAACACAGUAUGGAGGGUGCGAUCUCUAUGUCACUGACUAUACGGCCAACGAAUACUUGCGGUACUACGCCCCUCCAGAAGACGAGACGUCGGAAGAACGGGACGGGGAUGUUUUUGGCUACAGUAAUGCGCCCAAGAAGAGCUGGCGCGGGCCAUUUGGACAUCUUGUGAUGAAGAUCAAUGUCAAGCCUCCUCACGCCGCCUUCGCGGCAAAUAAUCUGAAUGAGGGUGACCUCGUGCUGCUGAGAAACGUGAAGCGGAGGACCAAAUCCGAGGCUUUUAUGGAGGGCGACAUGUGGCCAGACCAUCAGGACGAUACCAAGAUCAAAAUACACCGGAUCAAGGACACCUCUGGCCCAGAAUGUCAGGCUAUGUUGAAGCGAAAAGAGAAAUACUGGUUGGAUCGAGGGGCCAAACUUGGCCAGAAAGAGCAAUCUGCGGCGCAAAAGAAGUCGAAAGCAGCGAAGAAGCGCGAGAAGAAAGAGAGAAAGGCUGCGGCAGCUGCAGCUGCAGCCAAGGACGAUGGCAUUGCCAUGAACCCAAACGUUCGAUGCCACCACGACGAGGGGGAGGUGUUUUUUAGCGUCAAGGAGAUUCUCGAUGUGGACAAUGUGCGCCACGUCAACCAGACACCCAAUGGAGUGCGCUAUACCCUUCCCUUCAUGAAUGCAAAGUAUCGGGCAACAGUGCGGGUGAUUGACUACCAUCCCAAGGCACUUGAGGAGUUUGCCGUUCAGCUUGGUGUCAACAACCAUGACCCAGAUGCAUGUUACUACGAGGCAUCGCCCAAAUACGAGUGGUCCUUCUCCUUGCUACUGGAAGAAGCUGGUGAUAAUGGCAAAGCGAGUGAGCGAAGUUCACUUUGGGUGCAUGUGCACCACGACCAGGCGCAGUUCCUUCUACGUGACCUGGAUGAUCCAGACGAUCUGCGGCACCGACCUGAAAUGUUGAGUCAGCUCAGAGAGAAGCUGUUCUUGUUGUGGGGAAACCUUCUGGAGACGGCCGCAGGAGAGGCGCUCAGCAAUAAACCAUUCCAAUGCUGCAUCGAAGAGUAUGGCAUUGAGUUAGAUAACCCGGAGUCGGCACUCAAGGGCUUCCAGCGUAUGUAUAGCAUGUUCGGAACGAGCAUUUUAUGAUGCAAGGUUGAACGUUCCACAUUCGUUUACAUGCCCCAGAGAGAUCCAUGCAGCGCGUCAAAGUAGUGCCCGCGGCCAGACUGACCAGCAGGGAAGCCUCAAUCUCUUCGGAGGCAGACCCCAGUCGUUGCAUGUAGUCUUCACAAUUGUGUGGCGCGUACCUUUUCAAAGAAAGCUCAGUCGCAGAUGGUUUCAACAUAGGUGUCAUGGUUGGAUGGAGGUGUAGAUGCUAAUUUACUGCAGGACGGGUGCAUGGUUUCACGGUCGGCUCUUGGAGCAUCUGGAUCCGCGGCCAUGUGGCACGAACAGUGUAAGGGACGUGGUGUCAUGUGGACUUGUUCAAACCACAGUUGCAAAGCAAAGCCGCGCACUGGGGACGUGGCUUCUCGUGCUAUUGGCGGCCGACUUC